AUGAUUCCUGGACCAUCUGAACCAUCAGUAACAGAAAUUCAUCAUUAUUUAGAACCAAUGGUAUCUGGGUUUGCAGGUCAUGCAGCAAAGAAUGGUUGCUACCGAUGUACCCGAAAGUUUGAGACCUUUCCAAAUAAUCAUCCGAUGAAGGGAGAUUGUAUUAAUUUUUCUGGAUUUGAUCGAGUGUAUCCCCGGCUUGAUAAUGAAAUGCACAAACAACUUGCCUUUAGUUGGAGAGAUGGAAGUAAAGCUGAACAGACUCGUAUAUUUGCAGAAUAUAGAAUCCGAUAUUCACCAUUGCUCAAGCUACCUUAUAUGGAUCUUAUACGCUUUACCGUUAUAGAUCCUAUGCACAAUUUGUAUCUUGGAACGGCAAAAAGAAUGACACAUUAUUGGACAGAUGUACAGCAACAUGAUGCUGAAAUUCAAGAAAUAAUUGAUACAAAUCCACCUUCUGAUAUCGGCCGUAUUCCACGCAAGAUUACUGCAGGCUUUUCAUCAUUCACAGCUGAUCAAUGGCGUAAUUGGAUAUUGCUGUAUUCAACAUUUUGUUUACGUAAUUAUCUUCCUCAUAAUUAUCGACGUUAUUGGCAGAUGUUUGUUUGUGCGAAUGCUUUGUGGGGAAUUAUUACACCAAAUAUGCACAUGCACACACAUCUACACGAAUGCUUGGAAGACUAUGGCCCAAUUUACGGAUUUCGGCGACCCCCCCGACGGGCCGCAGGCCCCCCCUCGGACGACACUGGUCGUCCGCCAGGCGCUGUACAUGAUACAGCGCCUUGUAGAUCUCAUGAAGUUGAUCAAUGA